AUGCUUGAAGGCUAUCCUCUUGAAAUCGCCUUGACGGCUGCCAAUGCUGCCGCACAAGCAUGGUACGGCUAUGAUCAGGGUGUCAUCAGCGGCGUUCUCAUUAGUCCGGACUUUAUUAGGUCCUUCCCUCAGACACGCAACCCUGACAUCCAGGGGAUUACGGCCAGCUGCUUCUCUCUUGGAAAUCUUGUAGGAUGCCUGCUGGCAGCUCUUUUUGGUGACAGGCUGGGACGCAAGAACACACUACGAGCCGGUGCGGCCCUGAGUAUUAUCGGAGCAGUGCUGCAGUUUCUAUCUUGGUCGUUCCCACAGCUCAUUGUUGGCCGAAUCGUCAACGGAUUCGGGAAUGGAAUGACCAGCAGCACUUGCGGCAUCUACCAGGCCGAAUCCUGCUCGACCAAGAGGCGAGGGAAAACUUCUGUCAUUGUUGUUCUUCACAAUGUCGUUCUGUACAUGGUGGCAAGUUGGCUGACGCUCGCCUGCUCAUACGGUGCUGGCGGCAUCCAAUGGAGGUUGCCGUUGGCACUUCAGCUUGUGCCCUGCAUAGUUAUGUUGAGUAUCCUGCCAUUUAUCCCUGAUUCUCCAAGAUGGCUACUGCUACGAGGUCGAACCGACGAGGCGAAUGAAGCUGUGAGGCGCUAUUUGGGGAAGGGCCUGAGAAAGGACGACCAAAUGGUCCUCGACCAGCUUAGAUCCAUCCAGGGUGCCCUUAAGAUCGAGCUGGACAACCAUGUCUCACUUAAGACGGUGCUCCUGGGUCAAGAUCGCUCGGGGCACUUGAAGCGUCUCUUGCUUGGCUGCGGAGCUCAAUUCAUGCAACAGUUCGGCGGUAUCAACGGUCUUAACUACUAUUUCCCCGCUAUCCUAGAAAAUAGUCUCGGCAUGUCAGACUUCAUGGCCAGGGUGCUGACGGGUUGUAACGCCGUCUCUUACACUAUCUCGUCAGCUAUGUGCUUCUGGUUCAUCGAUCGUUUCGGGCGUCGUUCUCUCAUGAUGAGCGGCUCAUUCUUGCAAUUCUUGGCAUAUGUGAUGGUUGCCAUCGCUGUGGCAUAUCUUCCCCAUGCACCACAUGAGUGGGGCUCGGUUGCUAUCACAUUUUUAUUUUUCUUCUAUGCAGCAUUCGGCUGCACAUGGGGCAUGGUGCCAUGGAUCUACCAGUCCGAAAUCAACUCCAUCGCCAUGCGUGCAAAAGGCUCAGCAGCGGCGACUUCUUUCAACUGGCUAUUUGGUUUUGUAUGCACGCAAUUUGGUCCGACAGCUAUAGCCAACAUUGGCUACCGCUACUACAUAAUCUUCGCAUGCUUGAACAUUGUCUUCGUGCCUGUCGUUUACUUCUUCUACCCAGAGACGGCAAACCGCACCCUGGAGGAUCUCGACCUCUACUUCGACAAGAAUUCGGGCAACAAUACCGUCAUUGCCAUUUCGAAUAAAAAAGCCAAGCAGAAACUGCGGCCGCUGGAGUACGUCGAGGCUGAGAGACAGCGCAUAUAUCACGAGACCGAGACAGUCAAGACAUCUGACUUGGUUAAGCCCUGUGCCAGUCACAGCUCCUAG